GUUGGAUCCUGUUCUCGAAGAGAGUGCGCUCAUCAUGGCAGCAUCCACUUUAACUAGUAGGACCUUAGCUAGUCUAGCUGCUAAGGUGGCUCCGAUCAGCGUGUCUUCGCAGUUGAAGUUCAGUGAUUUGGAAAUGUAUCAGCAGCCCAAGGAUAUGCGACGGAAAAAAAUGGAUCUGGGAAAAUUGAAGUGUGGCCAACAGUUCGCCGAUCAUAUGUUCGAAUGUUAUUGGAACGACGAACACGGCUGGAUGAAGCCAAGGAUUUCCCCCCUCCACAAUCUCAAUCUCCACCCGGCAGCCAAAGUGUUCCACUAUGGUCAAGAGUUAUUCGAGGGACUCAAAGCAUACCGAGGCGUCGACGGCAGAAUUCGAUUGUUCAGGCCUCAAUUGAAUAUCAAUCGUCUCUUGAGUUCCGCGGACAGAGUCGGCCUUCCGGUCUUCAAUGGUGGAGAAUUCCUUAAGUGCCUCGUACAGCUGCUGAAAGUCGAUUCUGAGUGGGUACCGAACUUCGCUAAAGGCUCACUCUAUAUCCGCCCGACAUUCCUCGGCAUCGAGCCCCGUCUCGGGAUCGGGCGCUCGAUGGAUGCCGUCCUGUACAUAAUCUGCAGUCCUGCUGAAGGAUCGUUCUCGACCACCGCGAAACCAGUGCAUCUCUUCGCGGACCCCAAAUUCGUCAGAGCGUGGCCCGGGGGCACUGGCGACAAAAAGCUUGGAUGUAACUACACCUCCACCCUCAUGGUUCAGAGGGAAGCGGAACGCUUGGGUCUCCAUCAGGUUCUGUGGCUCUUCGGCCCUGAUCACAGGAUAACGGAAGCGGGGGCUUCCAAUAUUUUCAUGCUCAUGAAGGAUGACGUCGGUAACGUCGAGUUGAUCACACCACCCUUGAACGGCAUCAUUCUACCGGGAAUAAACAGACAAUCUAUUUUGGAUCUAACAAGAGAUUGGAACGAAUUCAAGGUCUCGGAGCGCGAAGUGACCAUGCAGGAACUUCAAGAACGUCUCGCAAAAGGUCAAUUGCUCGAGAUGUUCGGAUGCGGAACGGCUUCGGCGAUAUCACCAAUCGAGCGCAUAGUCUACAAGAAAGACGGGAGACUCAUCGAUCUCAGACUGCCCACUACACAGCAAUCAAAUUCUCUUUAUAAGAGAAUCUUCGACUUCUUCGUCGAUGUUCAACUGGGACGGAAGAAGCACGAAUGGGCCGUCGAAGUGGAUUGAGUCAUUCUCAUCGAUAGCAUCCCUCGUGGGCACGCUGUACAUUCUGUGAAUACUUGUAAAGCACGAUACCAUCGAGACUGCACGAUUCAAAACUUAUGCAGCAUCGAGUGCGCCUGUAAAAUACAUAAAUGGUUCUCUCGAGAGUUUUUA